GCGUCAAGUGCGUGAGCUCGCACGACCAGGCGGUUCACUCGCUCGCUGCACCAUUUCCACGCAGGAAGAGCAGGAGAUGCGAAUGCUGGCGAACCAAGUCAAGGCAGCAAUGCCCGCACAGCCGGGCAGUGCAAAGACGAAAACACAGGCGGAGCAAUCUGCGCCAACGUACGACGAGGAUUUCUUCAAGCAGCUCGAGAUGACGGACCACGCGAGCCGGCUGGAAGACGUGCUGCGCGACCUGACACAGCGCGGGUUUGGCGUGCAGGUCUUCUCCAAGGCUGUCACUUACGCCAAACGCAUACACCGUGACCUGGAACCUCAGGCGCGACUGGAGCGCGUCAGAAACGUCUACCAGCGGGUGAAGAUAUCCUUCGAAGCGGAGCGCCAGCGCAGGGACAAUCUCGAGACUCACAUCGCGAGCGCCCCGGACGAGGCGACGCGCCAGGAGCUGCGGCCCUCGUUCGAACAGUGCGAGCAGAGGCUUAAGGGCCUCAACCUGGUGCUCCUCUACUACGCCUCGGGCCUCAAGUGCAUCUACGAAGAGCGCGAAGAGGCCUCGGACCACUCCGAGGCGCAAGCCUAAUGUAUACCGGCUGCGCGCAUUUACAUACAUGGUCAACAGCGGCCAAAUAUAAUGUAUUAUUCACUCGCGCGCGCUUUGUAUACGUGUGUAAAACCAAACCGUGACGAAGCAAAGCUUGAAAAUAUAGUGGCACGCCGCCUUGUUGAAUCGGAAAUUGCGGCUCCGUGACAUUCGCGUUACGUGUUAUACAUAUAUGA